AUGGCAGCUCCUCCACCUCCACCCCCUCCAGAGAAACAUCUGUCAAAAAUUUCCCCUAUCGUCAAGAAGCUAAGGAGUGUUACGCCAACAGUAUACCAGCCACCAAAGCCCUCGAUCGAACUGUCCCCCGCUCCAACCGGCCCAUAUUUCUUCUACGGCACACUAACCGACUCCUCUAUGGUUUCCGAAAUCCUCAACCUUGAUACGGAGCCUAUCCUUCGGCCUGCAACGAUUGUCGGCUACAAAUGUAAAAUGUGGGGCCAAUAUCCAGCCUUAUUGCCUACCAUCACCGACACAGUGGUAGAGGGAUCGGUGUAUCUCGUCCGUGGUCGAGAGGACGGCAGGAAAUUAGCUGACUAUGAAACGAGCAAUUAUCAUCCUGUACCCUGUCGGAUCUUGUAUACAGAUGGAAGAGAGCCCGCGCAGGACUGGGGUCACACAUUUCAAUUCGUUGGCAAUGCCGAUGAUUUGAGCGAGGGAGAGUUUGAUCUGCAGGUGUGGUUGAGACGAAUGGGGAGACAAGCUGCACUGGAGCGCCUGGAUGCUCGAAAGCAUCUGAAGUGA